AUGCUAGCAAGGGGCCUGAGACUGUUUAUACCAGUCUCUAGAUGCUCCUCAAGCUUCAGGCUUGCUUCUGGGACAGCAAAAAGUGCUGAAUCAAAACCUUCUGCAUUGUCUCCCUCCCUUUUGAACCUGAAGGUGGGCCAGAUUGUUGAUAUCAAACAACAUGAGAAUGCUGAUUCAUUGUAUGUCUCAAAGAUCCAAAUAAACGAGGCCAUACCACCCACCAUUUUACAGGUCUGCAGUGGAUUGGUCAACUACGUACCCAUGGAAACGCUACGUGGAAUGCGCGUUGCACUCGUCAUGAACCUCAAACCUUCGAAAAUGCGCGGCGAAGUAUCUGAGGCCAUGUUACUGGCUGCUGAGAAAAUUGUCGAUGGAAAAACGCUGGUUGAACCGGUCCUCGCUCCUUCGGUCGAGCUGGGAUCAAGGCUUCGAUUUGAAAGUGGAACUGCAGAAGAACCUCCCAGGAUCAAACCCAAAAACUUACCUUUGAUUUUCCAGAAUGUUCGAACAGACUCGGAAGGAGUGGUGGUGUAUGUUGAUGAAAAUGGCGUCACUCAUUCAUUGAAGACAGACUCCGGAGAGAUGGCCAGGGUGAAAAGAUUAUUUGAUGCCGGAGUCAGGUGA